CGCUCUUGGCGCAGUACAUCAGUGUCGGGUUGAUGAUCGGUGCCAUGCAGCAGUUCAGUUACCCCAAUGGAAGGGUCGUAGUUCAAUGCGGCGACGGCUCUCAUGGGACGCGGGUGGUCCCUCAAGGUGUUUGUCGGCAUCCUCUCGGACUGCGCCCCGCUCUUUGGGUAUCGUCGCAAAUCGUACAUGAUCCUCGGGUGGAUUGCAUGUGGGUGUUGCAUGCUCUUCCUCGCGCUGCACGACCACGGGUCCCCGUACUACCUCAAUCGUGCCAUCGACGGCAUCCCCCUUGCAAAACUCACGCCUUUCCAACGCCUGCACGACGUCGACGUUCACGCCGGUCGCCGCGGGACCUUCAUCGCCCUCGCAUGCGCAGUCGCCACGAUCGCGUUCGUCGUAUCGGACGUGGCGGCGGACGCGUUGGUGGUCGAAUACGCACAGCGCGAGCCCGAAAACGUCCGCGGGCGGCUCCAGUCGCUGAUUUACUCUGUGCGGUCGGCUUCGGCGGCGGUUUCCACGUGUUUUCUGGGCUUUUGCCUCAAUUCCCCUGCAUAUGGCGGUCGCUUUUCGUGGGACUUGGGCAUGAACGGCGCGUUUGGGUGUCUAGCGCUGGUCAACUUUGCGGUAGUGCCCGCGACGUACUGGGGCGUCCACGACACCAAGCGUGAGCCGCAGCCGUUGCGGCCGUACUUGCUGCAAUUCUGGAAACUUGUGCAGAAACGAGCGGUGUGGCAGGUGAUGCUGUACAGCUUCUUGUCGUCGUUGCUCGGGUCCAACCUCACCACAACCGCGGCGCCGUACGUCAAGUACCACUGGGCCAAGGUCGAAUCAAUCAACAACGCCGUGAUCGGGGUACUCGGGCACUUGAUUCUCGCGGUGGUGCUGGCUGCCACUGGUCGCUACGGUACGCAGUGGAACUGGCGGAUUGUGAUUGUGGUCACGACGCUGCUCAGUACGGCCAUCGACGCCGUCGUCCAGUUUCUCACCAUCUAUGACGUCGUACGCAACCAGUGGUUCUACCUGGGCUGUGAAUGUGUUUGUGAUCGUCGAGUUAGCCGAAGACGGGCACGAAGGCAUCGUGUACGGCCUACUCACGACUGUGGGCAACCUCCCGGGCAUCUUUGGAUCGGUAUUGACCAACAUUUACUGCGCACAAUUCGACGUGUCGUCGUCCGACAUUCAGCAAGAUUCGAUGCACGUCCGCCACCAAGUCGCGUACACGUACCUUGUCACAUAUGGCACGACCGUCCUGAGCUGCUUGUGCGUUGUGAUGUUUCCGUCGCAAAAGGCGGCGGUCGCGACGCUCAAAGCGACGGGGGGAAGCUACCCCCUCGUGGGAGGCGCCGUCCUCGUCGUGUCGUUUUCAGUGCUCGUGCUCUCGAUCGUUGCGAGCUUGCUGUCCAUGUUUAAAUCCACGGCGUGUCUCCGCGUGGCUGGCGGGGCCGGCUGUUCAACGUGAUAACGACGUUUGAUAGUGGUGUUGGCAUGAUAUAUUUGGAAUCCAAGUUGACUUAUUCAAUCGUUUUUGCUUGUACACAUGGUAGCUGCAAACGCUCGAACGUUGUGCUGUUUCC